UUUUGUCUCAAACAAAUGUUUAUAUUUUUUGAGAUGUAACAAUCGAACAAUUUUUUAUCAUCUGGCAGUUAAUUCCUUCCCUACUAAAGUUAUUUAAACUAAGAUUCUUCCUUCUCAUGCAGUUUUUCUGUGAUUGAAAUAUCGGUUAUCCUAUUUUUGUUUUUCUUCAAUAAAUGGGUUCUACAGGUGAAAUAGAACCUUCUGUAAUAGGGGACUGGAUUAGGAUAUCAGUUCUGGGAUCCGGAGGGUUUGGAACUGUGUCUCUAUGGCGUUGUGGUAAAACUAAUGAUUCAAUAGCUGUGAAAAAAUGUAAACUACAGUGCGCCACAAGUUUGACUCAGAAGCAUAAGGAAAGAUGGUGCAAUGAAGUCCAAAAAAUGAAAGAACUAGAUCAUCCCAAUGUAGUGAAAUAUAAACCCUUACCGUUAUUAUUGGAAACAGAACUGAAUAAAUUCAACCCCACAAAGUUACCACUGCUGCCUAUGGAAUAUUGCCAAAGAGGAAAUCUGCGUCAUCUUCUAGCCCAACCAUUAAACAUGUGUGGCCUCGAAGAGAGCACAGUAAAGGAUGUUCUUUUAGAUAUUUCUGGUGCAGUUCAUUACUUACACUCAAAUAAAAUCACUCAUAGAGAUAUAAAACCGGAGAAUAUUGUUCUUCAAGAUUGUCCAACGAGGUGUAGUGGUGUGAUAUACAAAUUGAUAGAUUUGGGUUAUGCCAAAGAGCUGAAUAACAGUACGGUCAGUUUUGUGGGGACCUUGUUAUAUUUAGCUCCUGAGAUUUACGCUAAUAAGAACUAUGAUUGUUCUGUUGAUUAUUGGUCCCUAGGAAUACUUACCUUUGAAGUUAUUUGUGGUGUCCUCCCUUUUGUGCCUAGAUUCUCACCCAUUGAAAGAUAUCAAUUGAUGAAGGAUAAAACCCCUGAUCAGAUUUGUGUUUUCAUAAAUUACAUGGGAAAUGUGCAGUACUCUCCAGAGCUCUUUGAAGAGAACAAAUUAUCCUCUUGUUUAAAGGGCCACAUGGAAAUUUGGCUGAGGAAAGCUCUACAAUUCAAUCCAAAACUUAGACAUGAACCUUUUCCGAAUUCAAAUAACUUAUUCGAACAGCUCAACUCGGUACUGACUAAAAAAAUAUUGAAAGUUUUUGUUGUUUAUAAAUAUAAAUUCUAUUCGUACGAAUUCGAUGAAUGUACUAGGCUGUCUACGGUACGUGAAUGGAUUGCUAGAGAUACCGAAAUAUCCGUAGAUGAACAGUUGUUACUUGGCAGUUUUCAGUUUAAUGAUUGCGAUGAUCAAACUCUCAUUGCAAACUGUUUUAUUGAUGAGACAUAUGAACUAUUUUUGUUCAAGCGGAACGCUUUGUUCAACAUCGAAAAGUUUCAUCUUCCGAGAUUGGUCAAAUUGAUGUUCGAGAAAGCCAGAGAUCUAUACACUUGGCACGAAGUGAAAUCGAUAUAUUCCCAUUCCAUAUACUACAUACAGCAGGAUAUACUGUUUGCUUCGGCUUUCAACAAGGCCAUGGUCCUCUACCUCAAACAGCUCGCAAUAUUGCUGAACAAGAUCCAUAAAAAUUGGGAAUUGUGUAGGCAAAACAUUCUGAGGUUGACAGGAAAAGUGAAAAAAUUCAAUAAGGAAAUCAAACGGAAGAACUUGAUCUGUAGCGAUCUCAUUCUUGCCGAUAAGUUCAUAAAAUUGUAUAACUCAAUCGAGAAAUGCUUAUGUGACGAAUAUCUGUUGGCUGUCAACAUCGAAAAUUGGGUCUUGAAAUUGGAUGCUAUGAAAACCAUCAACUUACAGGAUGAUUUGAUCAAGUUGCCGCAGAUGAAAGAAUUUCUCGGGAAAGCAGCAAGUUGUCUUCAAAGGACGGCCAAAAACUCUGCCAACAGCAAAGAUAAAUUAGGUUGUGGGGAGAUGUUGACAAUAGUUUGCAGAGUUAUGAAAUUCAAAGAUUCACUUUUUCACAACAAAAACCUGCAAGAUUAUUCAAGGUAUUUAGGAAAAGCAACAGACUAUUUACAAUCUCUUUUAUGCUGGCUGGAUUCCUUUGAAUCGCAUAUACAAUCUUUGCACGAGAUAUUUGAUUCAAUUCUGGCGGAAGCCUCCACAGCGUACAAAACUAUUGGAAGUGAUUCCCAAAAAAACUGUGCCAUAGGUAGCAAUUGGGUUGUGGAUAAUGCAGUACAGCAAUCCCAAAUCCUCAGUUCGAGAUUUGCAGAAUUAGUCUGCGAGAGCAUUUCCAACUAUGAAUCUAUUCGAGGUGAUAUUGAAUCCUACAUUGAAGAUAUUUCUUCACUGCUGUGAUAUUCUAGUCUAAAUGCAUGUUAAAGUUACGUUUCCAAAUUUUAUAUUUUGAUAAUUAUUUUUUUCAUUCUUUCGAGCUAAGUAUGUUGUUGUUUAUGUUGCAAUCCCAUGAAAAAGUCAAAAGCUUAUGUUUUUUUCAAGUUGCUUUAUUACGAUGUUAUAUUGAGUAAGCCACUGAUAUUUCAGAUAUGUCAUAUGUCAAUUACAUAGAUGAUCUCUGGUGAUGUUAUUAUGACAGAAUCAGUUUGGUUGUGUUGUAUGUUACUUAUUGUUUCUUGUAUCCAGAUGUUUCUUAUAUCAAAGUUCAUUUAUCGAACUGAAUACUUUCAGAUAAUCCGUAAAUAAAAUUAUAUUUCUAGGUG